CUCGGGGUGAAAACAGAGCGAGCCGCUUGCCUCGUGAUGGGGGCGGUUUCGUGCCGUGUGUUUCUCCGUGUCGGAGCUGACGCUUGCGGACAGCCGAUGUGCCGCUACGGCUCCUAAACCGCACGCCGGGGAAACGAGGGGAUACAAACUGUUAGAGGAAGCGUUUUUAUUCCCAGAUCAUGGCAGAUGUGGACGGAGACGACAUUCGCUCGGCCGCUCCGUCGGCGAUCCACUCGACCUCUCGCGGCGGCGGCUCCUCCUGCAACGACGGGUCUGUCACCGGCGGUCACGCACCAGCACCGCCGCCGUUGACGCCGGCCGCCACGGUCGCCUCGGGCCCGCGGCUGGUCCGUAUCGUCAAGUCGGACUCGGGCUACGGCUUCAACGUGCGGGGACAAGUGAGCGAAGGGGGGCAGUUGAGGAGCAUUAACGGGGAGCUGUACGCGCCUCUGCAGCACGUCAGCGCUGUUCUGCCGGGCGGCGCGGCGGACAGAGCCGGGAUCUCUAAGGGAGACCGGAUCCUGGAAGUAAAUGGGGUGAAUGUGGAAGGAGCCACCCAUAAGCAGGUGGUGGAUCUGAUCCGAGCCGGGGAGAGGGAGCUGGUGCUGGCCGUUCUGUCGGUACCGCAGCCGGAGACGGACAGUCUGGACCCCGGAGAUGACGGUUCUGCCCAGUCCUGCUAUGACUACAGCGACAAACAGGCCGUGCCCAUUUCUGUGCCUACCUACAAACAUGUGGAGCAGAAUGGAGAGAAAUUUGUGGUGUAUAAUGUAUACAUGGCCGGCAGGCAGCUGUGCUCUAAGCGCUAUCGGGAGUUCGCCAUCCUUCAUCAAAACCUGAAGAGAGAGUUCGCCACCUUCACGUUCCCCAAGCUGCCAGGAAAAUGGCCCUUCUCUCUGUCUGAGCAGCAGCUGGACGCUCGCCGGAGAGGCCUGGAGGAAUAUCUGGAAAGAGUGUGUUCUGUGCGAGUGAUUGGGGAGAGUGACAUCAUGCAGGAGUUUUUAUCUGAAUCAGAUGAGAACUAUAAUGGAGUCUCUGAUGUGGAAUUGAGGAUAGCCAUGCCAGACAAAACCACAGUAACCGUCCGGGUGCGAAAGAACUGCACUACAGACCAGGUCUAUCAGGCUGUGGUGAUGAAGGUCGGGAUGGACAGUAUUACUGCAAGUUACUUUGCUCUGUUUGAGGUCAUUAACCACUCCUUUGUGCGAAAACUGGCUCCUAACGAGUUCCCGCACAAGCUGUACGUGCAGAAUUACACGUCGGCCGUCCCAGGAACCUGCCUAACACUCCGCAAAUGGCUCUUCACCACCGAGGAGGAGAUUCUGCUCAACGACAACGAGCUGGCGAUCAACUACUGCUUCCACCAGGCUUUGGAUGAUGUGAAAAGGGGAUUUAUUAAAGCUGAAGAGAAAUCAUACCAGCUCCAGAAACUGUCUGAACAAAGGAAAAUUUCUAUGUAUUUGAGUAUGGUGAGGUCGUGCGAGGGCUACAAUGAGAUCAUCUUUCCGCACUGCGCCUGUGAUUCUCGCCGCAAAGGUCAUGUUGUCACGGCGAUAAGCAUCCACCACUUCAAGCUGCACGCCUGCACAGAAGAGGGCACUCUAGAGAAUCAGGUGAUCGCGUUUGAGUGGGCGGAGAUGCAGAGGUGGGACACGGAUGAGGAAGGCAUGGCUUUCUGUUUUGAGUACACACGAGGCGAGAAGAAACCACGCUGGGUCAAAAUCUUCACUCCAUACUUUAACUACAUGCACGAGUGCUUCGAGCGGGUCUUCUGCGAGCUCAAGUGGAGAAAAGAGGUUGAAGAAGAGGCAACAGAUAAAGACAAUAAGAACUGUAGUAAAGAUGGAAUGUGUAGUAAGAAUAUCUUCCAACUGCUGAGACACAGAAGGGACGGAGGCACCUGAGACACAAACUCAUCGCCCAGUGAACACACAACAACACACCUACACACACACACACACACAUAUAUAUAUAUAAAUACACACAUAUAUAAACACACACACAGCUGAAUGAACUCACAGGAGGACCAGCUCACACAAGUCAUGUUUGGGUUGGCACUCAGCAACACAGUCCUCCCAAUAACAAAGAACACACACACAUAUACACAUACACACACACACACAUUCAUAUUCAUAAAACAACCAAAAAAAAAAUCAAAAAGGAAACAAAAACUUAAGCGAACAUCUUCUUCAGAACCACGAGACAAUAAUGGAAACUACAAUUAACAGAUUUUUUUUUCCAGACUUCAUCCAUCCAUCCAUCCAUCCUUCAGCUCCUUAGUCAAGACUGGACUCACUUGAAUCGUCUUUUCUUUCUGAGGCGAAAAGCUUCCAGAAGCGACAGAAGAGAACAAAAAUUAACUGACAAGAUUAAUGCAAACUUAAGAGAAUUGAGACUUAAGCUUUUUUCCUUUAAGGAUUUGUGCUGUGAGAUUGGAUUGGUCGGUGAAACGGAUGCUCCAAACGUGACUGGCUCUUCAGAUCAGAUGUUUUUUUUUUUUUUUUUUUUGGUUUGAUUGGCUGUUAAGCUCCGUCCCUGCACUCUGAUUGGUCCUGGUGACCAAUGCAUGCAGCCAGAAUUGCAAAGAGAGACGAUCACAUUGGUCACUUUUGCCUGUUUUGACGUUUUUUGCCUAUAAUUGCGGAGCAGGACGGAAACUUAAAGCUUGAAUGGAGACGAAGACGAGAAACGAGAGGAAGAGGAGGAGAUGUGAGCCUGGAUAAAGGCAGGACAACUCGUUAGUAGAACUAACUACUUCAUUCUGACACUAACAUGCAUAGAAAACACGUACAUAGACCCAUGCAGGGGGAAAAUGAGACGCUCCCGUGGAAUGUAUUCGCACAAAGUAACAGGAGAGUGUCCAAAAAGAGGAGGGACAUUCAUUCAUAAAUGUAGAUAUAAUAAAAUAAAAAAAACUCCACCGUCGACCAGGACAAGCAGAGCGGACGAGUGUUGACCGCUGACAGAAGAUUAUGUUGAGCAAUGGACAGAGAUGCCAUUUUCCAAUAACAAAUUUCUACUCGUUUAACACUUGAGGAGGUAUUUUGUUUAUUUGUUUGUUUGUUUGUUUGUUUUGUUCUCUUUGCUUCUCCUGUUCUAUUAUUUAAGCUUCCAAGCAAACUUUUUUUUUUUUUUUUCUGGAAUCAUCUGAUUGUCUAAAUGCAUUUUAUUUAAAUCAAAGCCAUUUUUUGUUGUUUUUCUUUCCCUAAAACUGGACAAAUGGCCUAUUAGCAGUAUUAUGAAUGUUGUGUGAAUCAGAAAUAACUAUAUAUAAGUUUGUGUGUGUGUGCUGUAUGUAUUUUUUUGUUAUUUUAAAGAACUAAUACACAAUCGUUUUCUUUUUAUCUAAAAUUAAGGUAAGACUCCAGAGGGACAGAAGAGGUUGAACCUGUAUUGUUUCGUAUUGUGAGCUUUUUUUGUUUGUUUUUUUUAUAUAUAUAUAAUUUGUUCAUAAAGGGCAGUUCCACCAACUUUCAAUAUUUCUAUAUAAACUAAAUGGUUGAGAUGUAAAAAAAAAAAAAGCGUCUUAUUGUAAAUUUGUGUUUAUAAUAAUUUCUUCACAGUUGAGGUGAAAUAUUAAUUUUUUUUCACAGCUCAAGGAUUUAAAGCAGAAAGGGAAAUUAUGAGUUUAAUAUGCAGUGUAAAUAAAGCUAAAAUCUGUAUCUGCUCACUAUAAAUACAAGAUAUAUUUAAGACAAAUUUAUGAUUUUAUUUUUACAUUAUAUUUUGACCGUUGCAGAUUUAUUAGACCAUUUUUCUAUACUUUCUAUUAGAAUUACAAUUAUGAUUUUCAGUAACGUUCUUUAUCAGACAUGAAACCAUUCAAAAUGUAAUGCUUUUCAAGUUUUUAGGGGUGUAAUUGCAGGCAGAAAAUUGACAAAAAUUCUGGCUGGUUGAAGGGUUAAAGUAUUUGUAUUAUUUGCAAUGAUUUCAAAUUCUAAAACUGAAAAUAUAGGUCCAGUUGUGUCAGUUACGUGAGCUUUUAGAGUCUUUUCAUUUUUUUCCCCC